CUAACUGGCUCUCUCCUUGGGCUGUAUUUCCUACUGACACACUGUCCUUAGACUGACACUUUGGCUGGGCUGUCUCUCUUUGACCCACAAUACCUGGACUGUCUCACUGACACACACUGCCUUGACUGUCUCUCUCUGAUACACACACUAUCCCCCCUGAUCUUUUUCUGUCUCUGACACUCUCCCUGGACUGUCUUUCUCUCUCUCUCUCUCUCUCUGACACUCUCCCUGGACUGUCUCCUUUUCUCCCUGGGCUGUCUCUCUGUAAGUGACUGUCUCUCUCUGAUAUACACACUAUCCCCCUGAACUUUUUCUCUCUCUGACACUCUCCCUGGACUGUCUCUUUCUCUCUCUGACUCUCUCCCUGGACUGUUUUCGCUCUCUGACACUCUCCCUGGACUGUCUCUCUGUAAGUGACUGUCUCUCUCUGACACACACACUAUCCCCCUGAACUUUUUCUCCCUCUUUGACACUCUCUCUGGACUGUCUCUCUCUCUCUCUGACACUCUCCCUGGGCUGUCUCUCUCUGACACUCUCCCUGGGCUGUCUCCCUCUCUCCCUGGGCUGUCUCUGUGAAAGUGAGUGUCUCUCAGACAGCCCCGCACUCUCCUCCCACCCGUCACUCACAGUCGGUGCCUCCCCAGUCCGGGCUGUCUCUCUCUCUCUCUGUGUGUGUGUCAGUUGGCUGUGGGGCCUCCCGGUGUCAGUGAUGGCGGCCCCCCCGUACCGGAAGUGAGCGGGCCCCAGUGCAGAGGCAUUUCCUGUCAGUUCCCCAGCCCGGACUCCAUUAGUGCGGCGGCGGCGGAGAGAGGGGGGGAAGCAGCCGGUGACAGCCCCGGAGCCGAGGAGCCUGGGCCGCUCUCCCCCCGGAGGGGGACGCACUCACACACCGCCCUCUCGGCCACCAACCACGGCCGCUCCCGGCGAGGAAACUCUGGCCUCCGCUUCCUCCGACUCGGACACCGGCGGAGCAUCCCCUCCCCCGCGGAAGAGAGCCCGAGGCUCGGAGGAGGCGGCAGGAGAGCCCGGGGCAAGCGCGGAGCAGUCGGUCGGGCCCGGGGCACCGGACGGUGGGAGCACCAUGCAGGCUAACGGGGCGGCGGCGGCGGCGGGGGAGGAACCGGCGGGGAGCGGCUGUCUGAGCGCCCACAACGGGGAAUCCUCGGAACCGGCUCACUCCAACGGGGUCCUGAGCAGCAACAACGGCCUGAGCGGCACCGGCAGUACCGGCAGUACCGGCCCCACCGAGCAACCCGGGGGCAGGAAGAAGAAGCGCCUCAGUCAGGCCGACGAGGAUGUCAUCCGCCUCAUAGGGCAGCACCUACACGGCCUGGGCCUCAACCAGACAGUGGACCUCCUGAUGCAGGAGUCAGGAUGCCGAUUGGAGCACCCCUCUGCCACCAAGUUCCGCAACCACGUUAUGGAAGGGGAGUGGGACAAGGCAGAGAACGACUUGAAUGAGCUGAAGUCUCUGGUGCACUCCCCGCACGCUGUCGCGGCGUGCCGCCCUUCCUCCGGAGGAUCAGGGAGUGAACAUUCCCCCACGUCCUGCCCCACCGCAGACGUCAUUCGGAGGAUGAAGUUUUUGCUGCUGCAGCAGAAGUACCUGGAAUACCUGGAGGAUGGGAAGGUCCUGGAAGCGCUGCAAGUGCUGCGCUGUGAGCUCACCCCACUGAAAUACAAUACAGAACGGAUUCACGUGCUCAGUGGGUAUUUAAUGUGUAGCCAUGCAGAUGACCUACGUGCAAAGGCGGAGUGGGAAGGGAAAGGCACUGCGUCUCGCUCCAAACUCCUGGAUAAACUCCAGACCUAUUUGCCUCCGUCAGUGAUGCUGCCCCCGCGGCGCCUGCAGACUCUGCUGCGCCAAGCUGUGGAAUUACAGCGAGACCGCUGCCUCUACCAUAACACAAAACUUGACAAUAACUUGGACUCUGUGUCCCUGCUAAUAGAUCACGUCUGCAGCAGGAAACAGUUUCCGUGCUUCACACAGCAGGUGCUCACGGAGCAUUGCAACGAGGUUUGGUUCUGUAAGUUCUCCAACGAUGGCACUAAACUAGCGACCGGAUCAAAAGACACCACCGUUAUAAUAUGGCAGGUCGAUCCAGACACACACCAGCUGAAAUUGCUAAAGACAUUAGAGGGCCAUGCGUAUGGGGUAUCCUACCUAGCAUGGAGCCCAGAUGACAACUAUCUAAUUGCGUGCGGCCCAGACGAUUGCUCCGAACUGUGGCUGUGGAAUGUGCAAACAGGUGAAUUAAGGACAAAAAUGAGCCAGUCCCAUGAAGACAGUCUGACCAGCGUGGCAUGGAAUCCUGAUGGGAAACGCUUUGUAACAGGAGGGCAGAGAGGCCAGUUCUACCAAUGUGAUUUAGACGGCAACCUGCUUGACUCCUGGGAAGGGGUAAGAGUGCAAUGUCUGUGGUGUUUAAGCGACGGCAAGACUGUCCUGGCCUCCGACACACACCAGCGAAUCCGGGGUUAUAACUUCGAGGACCUCACAGAUAGAAACAUAGUGCAAGAAGAUCAUCCUAUAAUGUCCUUCACAAUAUCAAGAAAUGGAAGAUUAGCUUUGUUAAAUGUAGCAACUCAGGGUGUUCACUUAUGGGACUUGCAAGACAGAGUUUUAGUGAGAAAGUACCAAGGUGUGACGCAGGGCUUUUACACUAUCCACUCGUGCUUCGGAGGCCAUAACGAAGACUUCAUCGCUAGUGGCAGUGAAGAUCAUAAAGUGUAUGUUUGGCACAAAAGAAGCGAAUUGCCCAUCGCAGAGCUCACAGGACACACGCGUACAGUUAACUGCGUGAGUUGGAACCCACAGAUUCCCUCGCUGAUGGCCAGUGCUUCUGACGACGGUACUGUUAGGAUAUGGGGACCAGCACCUUAUGUAGACAACCAGGAGUUUGAAGAGGAAUGCAGUAGCAUGAAUAGUUGAUGGCAAGUUGCGGCCCAGACGACUUCUCUAACUUAAAAUUAGUCGUAUUUUUAAAAAUGGCUUGGGAUUGGUGCAAACAAACACGAUCGAUUUAAACGGACAGACGUUUGUCGCUGAAGAAAUGAGAGAGAGAGGAAAAAAAAAAUUUAAAAAAGAAAAAAAAAAACAAAAAAUGUUGAAGUCUCAGGGGCCACUGUGGGCCCUAACAUUUUACCACCCUGCUUCAUAGUACCCAGCUCAGAUGAAGCACGUCGUUUAGAAUGUUGUUGGACACCGUGUAAAUCCCCCAUCGGUUGUGAAGAACUGUGCUAUAUUCAGGCUAUCCAUCGAACUCGGUAUCUUUUUCCCCUGCCUGCCGUUUGGUGUGGCGGGCUACCAUACAUGUUGCUCUUCUGUGUAAUGAAGUUUAAAUGCUUGUUUGGAAAACAAAAAACAAAAAAAAAAAAAAUAAUUAUUUAACAGUUUAGAAGGCUUGAUAGAGUGCUUUAGUCUGAGUAUCCAUUUAAUAGGAAAGUACAUCCUGCUCUAUCCGCCUUAUUUACCCUUGAGAUCUUUUCAGCUUGGUUCAUGGAUAGUAGCCUUAACUUUUAUUUUAACAUUUAUUCCCCCCCCCCCCCCCCCGGGACAACAGAUCUGGUUCCCCCAAUUAAGGUCAAUUGAAACGCACACACACACAGGCAAUUUUGUACUUUUUUUCCCAAAGACUAAAGGGCGUGAGUGUGUUAAACCUCCCCUCCCCCCCCAGUCAUGGGCUAACGGCACAAUUUUUUUAAAAAUAAAUUAAGUAUUUAUAGGACUAUAUGGAAUUCAUUUGUAUAAGUUUAACCAGCUAUUUACUAGUUAGAUGCACCAAGAGAGAGAGAGGGAUUUGCCCUUGUCGCACAGACAAUACAUGCAAGGGGGGGGGGGAGUAGGGGUUGUUUUUUUUGUUUUAUUGUAUCACUAUGGUAGAAACCGAUUUGUUUAGCUGCUGAUAUUAAGUAACAAAAAUAAGUUCUGAGGCACACUCAUUGUAUGGUGAUGUAUGUGGCUUUGAGCUCAGCAAGCGUUUCUCCCUCCCUGGGAUCUCCAAAUCGGCCCGACUUGCCCUUGCCGCAGGGGAACGGCUUUGCUGACCGUAACCAGAUAUGAUAAUAUGCUCUCAGCUUAUUUUUCUUUUUAUGAAUGACCGUAUAUCCCUUUUUUUUUCCCCCAUCUGUUUCUCCAUUCACCUCAUGUACCAUACAGUAUCCGUUUGCACAAGCAUCGACAAGAGGCAUCAAGGGGCAGGUUUACUUGUCCUUUAAUUACUGCCAUCAUUCAGGUCUUCAUGGGUAGAUCUGUAGCAAUACAGAGCCAGCAUUAAAGAUGUUCGUUGUACACAACUCGCCCCCGUCGCAGUUAUUACCCCCCCCCCCCCUCCCUGCUGUGGCGCAACCACAAUCCCAUGAUGCAUCUGGAGGCCGGGGCGCCCUUAGUCUGUAAAUCCAGCACUGAUUAUAAGCGAUUCUUACUUUACCAUUCUACUAUUUUAUCAGUAGAGCACUUCAUACAAUUCAUUUUUUAAAAGUUACAUUUUCAGGCCAGUGGUUUUUUUUUUUUUUUAAUUAAUAAAGAAAUGUUUUUCCUUUUUAUUAUUUUUUUUUUUUUUUCAUUUGUACAAAAAAAAUUUAUGGUGUUCUGGUAUAAUAAUGGGAAGUGUAACUCCUGUCAUCCUGUAUGUAUUGGCAGGGGGUGAUGGGUGCUGUCUAAAUGUUAUGGCUUGGAAACUCUUUAAUGUUAUGGAUUCCCUUUGGUAGAGGGGUGUCAGUGUGCAUGGCGGCUGGUAGGUUUUAGGGUUCAGUAACACUAACUGCUGUAGGCAUAAUACAGAGCCCUACUGGGAUAAACAUCUGCUGUUACGGUUGUCUGUAGAGAACAAAACAGUAUGGCAGCACCCACUCAUGUAAAUGUGCCUAUUCUGCCCAUAAACUAUUACAGGGAAUAUAAAUGAAAGGAAGAAUCUCACUUAGAGCUGCCCAUAGGGUAUUUGGCUCUUCUUAUAAGUCUUCAGUCGUUAAAUUAAGAUUUUUUUUUCCCCCCCAUUCUCAUUGGAUUAAUGGGCAGUGGGUGGAAGUGUUGUGAAAUAUAACUUUUGUUAUAUUUAGUACUACAGCUGGCCCCCUAACUUAUAAGUCUGUUUUAGGGUUUGGUUCAUAUGUAGUCUAUGCAAUCCCUCAGGCAGCAUAAAUAACACUCUGGCCUGAUGUUCCGCCUUCAGAGAAAAGUGUUGAAGUCGGGAUGAGCAUGGUGAAAUACCCUUUAGGGAAGGUAUCUGCUAAGUGGCGCUAAAUCUGUAUUAAAUUGUCACUGCCAGACACAGAUCUGUUCUCAUUACAUUAGGUAUAGAAUAUGCUGCAGGCACAGGCCUCCGAGCUACUAUAAAAUCUACUCUGCCAAUUGGACCUUUUUAAGUAUAAUAUCCCCCAUAUGGGUUACAGCCAGAGUACUUGGUAGACGGGUAAUUCAUCCUUUUUAUAGCUUUGGAACGGUUGGUCUUCAGCAACUGCUGUUUGGUUGCUAGGCUCAUUGACCAUAGUGACCAGUGAUAAAAUCCGCUCCAAGGGUCCCCGGAUGCUGCUGCUACACUAGAAAUAAAGUUUCUCAGUGUAAAGUGAGCAGGCACGGUGCAUGUAGGAUCCCUGCUUUGGGGUUAGGGAGAAAAGUGGGCAAAGCUUGGCCAUCUGCGUCUUGUAUUAGCAGAAAGCUAUUGGGAAAGACAAACUGAGUAACAUAGGUAAAGACUACCCAGAGCAGGCAAUAAGCAGAUUUCUUAUAUCCAAACUGCUCAGUAUUAAAAACCAACUGCUGGUUGAUAUAUGUUACUGCACCAUGGCACAAUGGGCCUUUGUACAACUGCUAGCACUCUAAAACCCUUCCAAUACAACUGCCCAUAGCAGAGCAAUGCAGCAGUUACAAUGACCUGUAUUAGUAGUGUCUGUUCCUGUAACCUCAUUGAACACUUCCCCUUUAAAGAGAAAUUAAAAGACAUAUUUAUGUGUGGGGGGGGCGGUUUUUGGUGUUUUUGUUUUUUUUUUUCUUUUUGCAUCCACAGAAAUUAGUUUGGGCCCUUUUGAGUAUCUACAAAAUUGAAAUCUUCACCUUUAAUGAUUACUAUGUUGUAGGCAGUGCUAUUCUAAAACAAUUUGCAAUUGGUCUUCAUUUUUCUUAGGUGUAGUUCUUGAAUUAUUUCGCUUUGUGUUCUGCAGCUCCAGGGUCGGACUGGGCUGCCGGGACACCGGGAAAAAUCCAGGUGGGCCCCAGCGGCCCAGACCCAACCCGGCCCUUGCUGGCGCCCCCUCUGCCCGACCGCUCCUCCCCCUGACACGUUAAACGUACGUGUGCUCAGGGGAGGACGUCGGGUGGGGGGACAGCCAGCGGGGGCCCCUGGGGUGGGAGCCCUGCACCCCCAGUCCAACCCUGUGCAGCUCUCUACUUUGGAAUUUUAGCAGCUGUCUGGUUGCUAUGGUCCAAAUGACUACCAACCAGGCAGUGGUUUGAAAGAAACUGCUGUAUGACUAGAAAAGGAGCUGAAUAAAAAGAUAAGUAAUAGAAAGUAACAAUAAUAUUGUCACUGACACCAAUUUGAAAGCUGGAAAGAGUCAAAAGGAAAGCAAACUUGAAAAAAAGACCAAUUGAAAAGUUGCUAAGAAGUAGCCAUUCUAUAACAUACUAAAGGUUGAACUAAAAAGUGAACCACCCCUUUAACUGGUAUAAAAUCAAGCCUACCUGCCACUUGCCUUGGCACGACGCCACCAUCUUAACUUGCCAAAGCCAAAACAUGAUAUUUGCUUUUAUAAAUGGGGUACCGUGGAUUCUGUCCCCCCAGUCCGUGCUACUCUUCUGUGUGCAAUAACACUAUUGUGGGAGCUGCCACAUUGCUUACAGGCAUGGUGUGUGUUUCUGAGCCAUCUUACCAAUCUCCAUAGUAGUUUCCAGUAUAUUUUUAUAACUUUACACGUGACUCCAUCUUUUAUUCUUUUUUUUCUUCCAUAAAUGUGUAUGUUUAGUAUUGAAAAUGUUAUGGGCAAAUGUAAGGGAGAAAUUUGUUUUUGGGUGGGGAGGGGGUAACAGGGUGAGCAGAUCCAUAAAGCAUGUCCGUUUGUUAGGAACCAAGCUGCAGGGGUCAGGAAUAGAACUUGUUGAUCUCGAGAUGUGUCUGGAGUUGUGGUGGAACUAGUUAAUCCGUAGAGCAUUCGGUAUGUCAUGACUAUUUGCUAUGGACUGAUUAAAUGUUUCAAAACUUUUGCUUUAUUUUUAUUUUUCCUUUAUUUCGCACUUUUUUCAGUUUCUUUGUAUUCUUAUCACGUUAAAAAAGGUAACUCCCCCGUGUUUAUUUUUCACUGUUUUACUAAUUAUUUAGGGAACACCCCCCUUUAUCUUUAGUAAAUGUGUAGUAUUUUAAACAUAUCCUUUUUUUUUUUCUUCUUCAUUUAAGAACAUUUUUUUUUUUAAUUUCUUUUAAUAGGAUUUUUAAAUAAAAACGACAUUUUUUUUUUCCAUGUCAGUGCUCGGCACUCAGAGAAAAUACUUUGUAUUCCCUUUCUUUCGAGUCAAUAAACAGAAUGAAUAACUGGAGUGAAACCAUUUUAUACCCGA